AUGAGACGACCCGCUCCUGACAGUAGGCCCUUUGUCGAAGUGAUCGACGGACUCUUGAGCACUCGGCCCGAGCACGACAAGUUUUCGUCAAACCAGCUCGACACGCUAGCAAAGAGCAUUAAACGUCAGGCCACCGAGCAGGUCAAGAAUCCAGGUGAAAAUCCUCAAGGAACGCUCGUCUUUGAUCCGGAAAGGGUGCAAAUCCUGGCAGAUGGUGUCUAUACCGCUUACAACUCGGCCGACAGGCAGACUGUCACGAAAGCUGGAGAAGUCGUUCAAGCGAUCGCAGCGUUCUGUCGGGCUAUCGACACAGACUCGGCAGGUCGAAGUCAGAGCAAUCUUCUGGCCGAAUCUUUCCUCGAGAAAGCCGUCGAGCGGGAUAGUUUCGACAAGCAUGACUUGCACGUGUUGAACUACCUCUUGCCGUUUGCGAGAAGCCAGACAUGGCCGGCCGACCUGAUGGAAAAGAUGUUCGUCGAGACGUGGUCCAAUGACAGUCGAUUCGUCGCGGGAAGGGUGCUCGUCAGCAUGUUUGCCGACCAGGCAUACCUCUUGAGGGUUCAAGAGGGUAAACGGGGCUCGAGCUUGGACUCGGCACAUGCGAAGCGGGAAGAGAUCGUAGCGGACAUCCUCCUCGAAAAGGUUGCCAACACGGAUCACAACAUCUCCCUUAAACCAAUAUCUCAAUUCAUCUUCCCGGCAUUGUUUGACAGUCAACCUGACCUGGUCAGCAUUCUCCUCGAUCGGACCUCCCAAGAGCUCUCCAAACCUACUAUCCUUACACCCUCAGCAGCCAUUCAUAUGUGGAUCAAGAUCGCAGCGACGGCACGGACCUCGUCCCUCAUUCCCAUCCAAGAUCUGGACGAGAAAAAACUACGCAUGUCUAUGCAUCACGCGAUCGAUGAUGUCAGGUUGGCUUGUUGGACAACGUUGACAGCUAGCAAGGCCGCUUCGGAUAGGGUCGAGAUUGAAUGUCUCGAUAGGGUGAAAGAGUGGUUCGAGAGCAAUAUGCGGGUACAGAAUGCCGACUUCCGAGGCACCUUCGGCGCAGCGUUCAGAAAAUUUGUCGAACGACUGAGAUUGUCCGCCUCGGCCGCGCAGAAACAGAUCGACAAGCCUUUACCCAAGAACCGUCAAGGCAAAGCCGAAGAAGAACGCGCUUGGCAAGACGAACAACAGGCAUCGAGGACCUACAUAGCGGCGGUCCUAGAAUUCUUGCAGCACAUUUUGGACCAGGUCGUCACUCCGGCUCUGGAGUUCCCAUCAUCUACGGCUCAUGCCAGGGUGAUCACCGCUCUGGAUAUGAUCCAGUCUUUAGCUGUAGAGCUCCAGACUCCGGUGGAGGUGAAACGAAAGGUUGUCUUCCCGGUCGUAUUUACAGAAGAGAGGGUGGAUCAUUUGUUGGCAUGUCUGGGAGGAAAUUUUUCGGAUCUCAGGGCCAGGGCGCUUGAAGUUCUGACACUGGCACCUUCACCAUUGCCAGGAUACUCAUCGUCGACCCGGAAAGAAGGGCUCCUUCACAGUGCCUAUGCACGGCUAGACGGAAACCGGAAAUCUGAUGCCGAGGCUGGAUCUCUUGUCCUCCAGGUCCUGUGCAGGGAAGAGGAGGCUGACAGCAACGCUCGAGCAGUGGAAUAUAUCAACAUCUUGCUGGAUCGGUUGGAGAGCAGUAUCCAGGUGGCGGAAAAGGAGCUGGCUUUGGGAAUGCAGAAACAACCGAUGCACGGCACGCUUCUGGCGAUCGCCCGUAUCAUGUUGACCAGCUCAUGGGAUCACUCUAAAGCGUCAGCAAAUCUCGAAGCAAUCUCAAAGCGGUGCAUCGCGCUAGUAAACCGGAUAUGGGAUUUGUCCAAGCAAAUCCUGAGUUCAGAGGGAUCAAACACGGCGGACCAUGAGAUCGCUCGUAUCUACGACAUGUUGGAGGAAGACGUCCAGGAGGAAGACCAAGACACGGUGCAUAUCAACCUACUUUCGAAUUGCUGGCGAGCGAUAAAAGAAUCAAGCAACCUCAUCGCCAACAUCUUUGUUGUCACAAUGGCCGCUUCUGGCAGCAACAAGCACUCUUAUUGGACUGCUGAAGACGUUCGCAAUACCGGCGACAUGUAUCUCGGCUGGCUCUACCACAUUCGACACCGAGGUACUUUUUCCUCCAUCGCCCCGGACUUCGAGCGGUUUGUAAACGUGACUGCUGCCGUCGUUGCGUACGCCGAGAGUAAUCGCACGUUGCGACAGGAAUGGCUGGAGGUGCAGCUCGAGGUGGUAGCAGCGGGCACAACGUCGACGACCCGAAGGUCGGCAGCCAUUCCCUUCUGCAUUCUAGCCCUGGUACAGGCGUCUGUUCCACUCUUCUCGCAAGCUCAUCAGCGGCUUGUCCAGAUCGCUGAAUCUCAACAUAUACCGGAUCCCGCAAAAGUACAUGCUCUGCAUACGCUACGGGUGAUCGUUCUCGACACUCGCCAAAGCAAAAUGUUGGGUGAAUACUUUGAGCGCACCGCUCUCGUUGCAUUGGCAUGUUGCAAGAGCUCCGAUUGGAGCGUUCGUAACUCUGCCCUCUUGCUCUUCGCUCACCUGGCAACAAGAAUGUUCGGCAAGGGUCUGAACAGUCCUGGUACGGUAUACGACAAGCGGAUUGGUAUCGUGGAAUGGAACUCCCGAUACCCCCUGCUUUUACCUUCUUUCAAAGCAUUGCUAGAGAACGCCACUUCGAGUCAUACUGUUGAUAGUUCUGUCAUCUUGGUGCUGGCCCUGUUGAGACAUCUGGAAAGUCGACACGGAUCGGACGGUCAGCUUCCUGUGCAGGCUGAACUGCGUCAACUCUGCGUAAAGCUGCUUGCUAGUCCUGAAUUGAAGGUUCGACAAGCUUCAGCGGAAGCUAUCGCGAGCUUGACGCCGAAGCACAACAGAUAUCGAACAUGUCUCGAAAUGCUAGGGGCGACCCGGUCAAAUCACAACCAGUGGCACGGCAACCUACUUGUCGUUCUGGCAAUACUGAAUCUGGGUAUCGAUUUCGAUACUCAGAAGGACGAGCACCUUGUGCAAACGUUGCGGGCUCUGGGUCGUGACAUCGAGACUUCACCAUUGAUAAUGGCUACCAUUACCGCCAUCAUCGGUCAAUGUGGCAUCCAAUCAAAUAGUAUGGUGCUCGAAGGAGAGACCAUCCAUACCAUUACUCCGAGGGCGUCUCAAGGGCCCGGGCUCAGCCUGUGGCAAAAUGCGUCUUUCAGAAUCCAGGCUAAUACCAAGUCGUCGGAUAGCCAAAGACCGAUUGCAGCCCUACACCAGGCCUUACUACCCGGAGGUAGUCCCGAUGAACGCAUCGAGGCUCUGCAAGACACAUCCGCCAUCAAAGAGGCAGAAGAGGGUUCUUCGGAACUUUACCGCAAACUACGCACGCUAUACGAUGUGACAGGGCACGUUCCACUUAAAGAGGCGAUUCUUCCUGCUUUGGCCGCUAGAGUUGACAAACAUCCCACAGACGAAACCAUUGCGGACUUGAACCAGCUACUUGCAGUCCACUUGAACGAGGAAAGAUCCGCGAAUUCGCGCUUCGCCGCGUGUCGAGCCUUGCGCAACAUGGAUUCAUGCUUUGCUGCUGGAGUCAUCGCUCCACAGGUCAGGAUACAAUCCCUGCUGCUGGUCAAAUAUGCCCUAUCCGAUGACGACGCAGAUGUUCGGUUUCUCGCCUCGGGCAUCGUCUCGUCAAUGACCGCGAGCGAAUACGCUCUCUGCCGUGAUCGAGCAGUCCAUGCCUGGUGGAAGUACAUGGAACGAUUUAGGAACGAAACGUGUUGGCAGCUGGAGAUUUUCCGCCACAUACAUAAUUCGAAACUCAUAGACCGGAUCCUGGAAACCAUUUCACAUCCUGACGACGAUCUAUUCGCGAGCGAGCCUCCCAAUCUCUUCAUUGAGCCUGUCACCGAACUGGCAGAAGCUGUUCAAGGUUACACGGCUGUUCGAGAUCAGAUCAAUCUGGCGGCACAGGAAAAUGACAACCUAAAGCGAACAAUCGACAAGCUUGAAGACAUUGAGGCACAGGCACGGCAAACGUCACCCCUCCAGCCUGGAAGAGACGAGAUCAAAUUACUCGAGCGAUAUCGCAAAGCCAUCAUAUUCACGUUGCUUCAACCGGACUUUAAUACGGAUACGAGCUGA